AUGCCCGCGGCGCCCCCGGUGGCGCCGCCCGCGCGCGUCACGGCGGCGGCGCCCCCGCCGCUCGCGCCCCCGCCGCUGCCGCGGUCGAUGCCGCCCCGCGGCCCCGGCAUCGCCGCGCGCCAGCUGCCGAACGCGACCUUCGCGCCCAUCGCGAACCCCGACCAGCGGCGGCCGUCGCCGUCGAAGCCGCGGGCGUCCUCCGGCCAGUCGUCCAUGAACCUGCAGCAGCUGCUCCAGGACGUCGUGCAGCAGCUCGGCAAGGAGGAGCGCAUCCGGUUCCGCGAGUUCGUCCAGGAGCUCAAGGCGAAGCGCGACGCGGGCGAGAUCCCGUCGCUGAGCGAGGCGCUGCUCACGGGCGGCGAGAAGGUCGUCGGCAACGACGUCUGGCGCCGCGCCUGCGCGAAGCAGGACGCGCGGGCGCGGUCGUCGAGCGAGGAGGCGCGGCGCGAGGCCGAGGAGGGCCGCGCGCGGCGCGCGCGCGCGGACCGGGACGCGGCGGAGGCGCGCGCGCUGCAGCUCGAGGCGCCCGCGGCGGGGUCGACGCUCGCGGACGAGGUCCAGAAGCAGGCCGAUUUGCUGAGCAACGGCGACCUCAACGUCAUGUCGGAGAAGGUCGUGUCGACGAAGCGCGAGACGUCCGGCGCCGACGCGGAGACGUCCUACGGCGCGUGGGACAAGUGCAACUUGGUCGACGAGCCGACGGCGUCGCGGCGGCUGCACCUCGCGGCCGAGAACUGCGCGCACCUGCCGGGGGGUGGCCGCAAGGCGCCGAAGCUGACCCACGACGACGAGGCGGCGACGUCCCGGCCCUGCCGCGAGUUGUUGAGCCGCGCGGCGCAGCAGUUCGCGCGCGACGCGCUCGAGGCGCUCGUCGUCCUGAGCCAGCGGCGGCGCAACGAGGAGGCGCGGCGCGUCGCGACGAACCCCGAGACCUGCGGGCUGGCCCUGCGGUGGCUCGACCGCGACGUCGACCGCCACGUCGUCGACUCGCGGCGCCAGUGCGAGAAGACGGACGUCUUGCUGGACGCGAUGGUCGACCACGACCUGCUCAGCGCGCCGCCCGUCGACCCGCGCGAGCCGCCGGCGACGAGCACGUGGGCGCGCGCGAAGCGCGCGCGCGCGACGGACCUCGACCGGUCCACGAAGAUGGACGAGCUCGGGAGGAACCUCGAGCGGGGCAUCACCAAGGUCAAGCGCGAGGAGGACGCCGACAAGCGCCGCGCGGACCGCGGCGCGGCCCAGAUCCCCGAGAAGCCCGACGUCAUCACGAAGGCCGACGUGAAGCACCUCCUCCGGUUCGACGUCUCGUCCCGCUUGCCGCCGCUCGGCCGCUUCCGCAUGGACGAGAAGGGCGUCGACGCCGACGGCGUCGAGCCCGCCUUGGAGAACUUCUGGACCCAGGAGCUCCGCCGCUUCGACGACGCCGGCGGGUCGUCCGGCGGCGGCGGCGGCGGCGGGUCGUCGCGCGCCUCGGGGUCGACGGUCGUGAUGCCCUCGGACAUGCCCACCAUGCCCGCGGCGCUCAUGCGCAUCCUCGUCUGCGCCCUCGUGCUGAGCUGUGACGCUCUGGUCGCACCAGCGCGUCGUCGCCGCGCGCCGUCGCGUCCGCUGCGAUCGUCGUCGGAAGCGUCCGAAGCCGCGCCGCAACCGGCGCCGCCGUCGCUCGUGGACCGCGCCAAGGCCUUCGUCGUCGCGGACUUUGGGCGCGCGGCGCCGGCGACGCUGCGCGAGGACUUCGGGUUCAGCAGCCGCGGCGAGCGGCUGAGCAAGAAGCGCUACCUCCGGAACGGCGACCUCGCGGCGCUCCGCGCGGCCUGCGGCGGCACGCUCGGCGUCACGGCGUCGGACUACCGCGUCGACGGCGGCGACCCGCGCACAGUCUGGUUCAGCGUGGCCCUGAGCGGCGCCCACGAGGCCGACUACGCGCCGCCGGCGGGCGUCGAGGGCGCGCCGCUCGCGGCGACGGGCCAGAAGUGGGCGACGGCGCCGACGGCGGGCUGCUGCUCCUUCGACGAGGCGGGCCAAUGCUACUUCGCGUCUCUAGGCGUGCCGUCGGACCGCGACGACGACUCGCGCGGCGCCGAGGGCCUCUUCGUCGCCGUCUGGGCCGCCUUGGGCGGCAAGCUCGGGCUGCCCCGGGGCCGCCAGCUCGGCCUCGCGCUCGGCGAGCUGCUCGUGCGGAAGACGCCGGCGACGCCGCGGGGCGCGGCGCGGCGCGAGCCGCCCUUCGGCGAGGCGACCAUGGUCGAGAUCGCGUCCGCGGCGCUGCAGGAGCUGCUCUACCUGCCGCCCGACGGCGUCUUGGGCGACCGCGUCGUCGGCGCGCUCUUCAGCGACGACUGCGUCGUCGUCGGCGCCGACUUCCCGGCUUUACCAUUGAAGAAGGCAUCCAAGACGAAGCCCUGGGGCGAGGCCUACGCGCGCGAGGGCGUCGUGCUCGAGAACUACCGCGUCUCGUCGGACGACGGCCGCUGCGUCGUCGUCGACGCGCGACUCCCCGGGUCGCUCGAGGCGGCGUCCGUGCACGUCGACGACGACGAGCGCGUCUUCCGCGUGUCCCUGGGCUUCGUCCUGCGGAGCGCGCCGAACCCGCUGGAGGCGCUCGCGGAGUCGCUCGCGCCGCUCGAGCGCGCCGUCGAGGACGCGGCGGACCUGAAGGAGGAGCUCGACCGCAGCCUGGAGCCCGUCAUCUCCGCCGCGGGGGCGACGUUGUUGGAGCUCGAGGCGAACCGCGCGGCGCUCGACGCGUCCGUCGCCGAGGCGAACGCGCAGUACGCGGCCGCGAAGGCCGACCUCGAGACGACGCUUGCGGAGUACGAGGCCAAGUACGAGGAACUCGUCGCUCCCUCGAAGAAUUUGGCCGCCGACGUCACGCGCACCGUCGAGGACGUCAACGACCAGGUCGCGUACCAGCUCGACGAGGCGAACCGCCUCCUGGAUUCGACGGUGCAGGCGACCGUCGGCGCGACGCAGGCCUUCGUGGCCGACCCGCUCGCCGCGCUGUCGGACCCGCGCGCGGCGCUGCAGCCCAACGCGUCGACGGCGCCGGCCAAGGCGCCGCCGCCGCAGAAGCGCGCGGCGCCGCCGUCGAACGAGGACCUCGACGAGGCGCGCGAGCGGUUCAAGCGCGCCGCGCUCGCCGCGGAGCGCGCGCGCAAGGAGGCCGAGUCGAACGCGGAGCAGGCCAAGGCCUCCGCCGAGGCCGCGCAGAAGGCCGCGGCCGACGCCAAGGUCGACGCGGAGCGCGCCGCCGCGGAGAAGCCGCCGCCGCCGCCGGACGCGCCGGCGACGGCGGCCGUCGAGCUCGCGGGGCGCACGAUCUUCCAGAAGGCGCCGGACACGCCGGGCGCGCGCAUCAUCGACCGCCUCCCGCCGCCGCCGCCACCGGAGCCCGCGAAGCCGGCGGCGAAACCGCCCGCGGCGAAGCCCCCGGCGGCGAAACCGGCGCCGGCGAAGAAGGACGCGCCGGCGUUCAGCCUGCCCGCCUUCAGCCUGCCCAAGCCGCCGCCGUCGCCGCCGAAGAAGGCGGCCGCGCCGACGCCGCGCCCCGCGCCGAGCCCCGCGCCGGCGCCGCCGAAGAAGGAGGCCUUCGCCUUCUUCUCGCCGCGCCCGAGCCCGAGCCCCGCGCCCAAACCGGCGGCGCCGCCGAAGCCGGCGGCCUCGUCCUUCUUCUCGCCGCGCCCGAGCCCCGCGCCGACGCCCGCGCCCGAGAAGCCCGCGCCGCCGAAGCAGACCUUCUCGCUGCCGUCCUUCAAGGCGCCCGAGACGAAGAAGGCGCCGCCGCCGCCGAAGGCGCCCUCGCCGCCAAAAGCGAAGCAGUCGUUCUCGUUCUUCGGGCCGACGCCCGCGCCCGCGCCGAAGCCGACGCCCGCGCCCGCGCCGAAGCCGGCGAGCAAAGGCUCGGGCUUCUCCUUCUUCGGCGGCGGCGAGGACGCGCCGCCGCCGUCGCCGUCGCCGGCCGCGAAGCCCGCUGCGCCCGCGAGCAAGGGCUUCUCGCUCUACACGCCGCCGCCGUCGCCGUCGCCGGCCGCCAAGCCCGCGCCCGCGAGCAAGGGCUUCUCGUUCUUCGGGGGCGACGCGUCCCCGGCGAAGCCCGCCGCGCCGGCGAAGCCCGCGCCGAAGCCCGCCGCCAAGCCCGCCGCGCCCGCCGUGCCCGAGGCCCUGAAGAAGGCAGCAGCGGAGGCGCGCGCGCGCCAGCAGGCCAAGGACGACGCCGCCAAGGCCGCGCGGAAGCGCAACGCGCCGAAUCGGAACGGCUAA